AUGUCAAGUCUAUCAAUUUGCUUCGAGCUCAUGUAUUGCAGCAAGGUGAUCUUCGACAGUCACUUGCAGCAUAUGGUUCGCCUGGUGUCAACCAAUCAACUUUCUCAGCAAGCUGUGCGACAAUGGUGCCUCACUCGAACCCCGUUCUGUCCUGCGUCCCCUCCUGCAGGCCGUGCUCGUUUCGAGGUGGACACAUUUUCUGGGGUUUGCGAUGCCCUCUUCCUUUCCAGUGGACCCAGUGUAGCAGUGCUCAAGGGCUCGAAGGUGCCAGAGGAUUUGUUGGGUGCAUUUCGCAAGGAUGUGAAGCAAAAAAUGCAUUUCAGCAUUCAAAUCACGACUACUCUACCAGUGUACAUCAAGGUUUUGGGAAGAAGUGUGAGAUGUGCAUACGGAACUUGGAAAUCCAGGGUGUUACUGAUUUGUAUGGGUGAAAUAUCGGCCAAGGUCUUCACCCGCUUCACUCCUUGUAUUGUAGUGGCUCUUGGGACUCCGUUCUUGGUAUCCAUAACGAAGAUAUUUGCUUCCCUGAAUGUAUACAAACAAUGA